AUGAACCAAGGUAAUAACCUCAAUAUUGGUGGACCAUCACCAAUAUUGAUGGAAUCUAGUAGGAGUAUAAACAAUAGAAUAUUAUCAGAACAACAACAACAACAACAACAAUCUUCAUCUUUUAUCAACAAUGCAAACCAACAAUCGUCAAGUCAAUCAAUAGGAGUAGCAUUAUUUGGUGAAGGUAUAAGAGGUGCAUCAUUUGGUAGUGGUAUAAUCAAAGGAGUAAUAGGAAAACAUCGUUAUCAAAACAUUGUAUUUUCGUGUGCUGGUGGAGGAGGUUUCGCUGGAAGUGCAUAUUGUCAGAGAACAUGUAAAGAUCCAUCGAGAAGCAAAGAGGAGAUCUACAAUGACAUGGAUGAGGACUUUGAGAAAAAUGCAAAUUAUUUGCUUAUCAUUAUUACCAUUCUACCAUUUAUUUUGUUUGUCGUAGAGACUAUUGCAUCGUUUCAACACUUUGUUGGUACCGAAAAAUUAUGGAUCCUACCAACCAUUGGAAUCGCAACCACCUUGUUACUCUUUGUAUUGACAUACCUCCUAACUCCAUACACAUCUACCACUGGUAUCGUAUUUACAAUUGGUGCAUUCAAGAUUGCCAUGUUUUUGGCUUCACUCUUUUCCAUCUUGGUCGGCUCUCAAAUAGUGUUUAAAGAGAUUGAAGCAAAGUUUGAUCAAGUAGUCUCUGGUGCCAUUGGUAUUAGUACAUCAUUGCUUUGGGUCAUUCUUCGUUUUCAUCCAAUGGCAUUUCUACGUCAAAAAGUAGAAGGUAUUAUCAACAGUUUAACUGGAUAUGUUGCCUUGCUUUCCAUCUUUGGUCUAUUUAUAAACUGGCGUGUCACUCGAACAUUGACACCCGAAAACCUUUUGUUUGGAGUGUUUCAGUUUACAGACGAGGCAUGGACCAUUUUAUUGGCACUGUCUAUUUGUCUUAUUCUCAUUUUCCCAUUCACCUGUUAUUGGGCACAGAAUCACAUACACUUUUACUAUCGAUGGAGAUUACAAAAAGCAUUUUACUCGACCGAAUCAUUUUGUGCAUUGGAUGGCAUCUGCUUUUGUACAUCUGAUGCUCCUGCUAGUAGAUUUUCGCAUCUCUCUGAAAAAGCAUCAUACAUUGCAAAUAUGACUGUAAAUCUUUGGAAAGUAAGAUCCGAUGGUAAUGCCACAGCCUCUUUUUCAGUUGCUAAAAAAUUACCGACCGACGAUGACUAUACUCAAUACGAUAGACCUGUCAAAUGUAAAAAUCAAACAAAAUCAAAACAUCAAAAACAACAAGAACAAUUAUUACAACAACAACAAAUAGAGCAACAAGAGAAUCAACUAGAACAACAAAUAGACCAACAAAUAGAACAAAUAGAACAAGAGAAUACAGGAAUUGAGAUUAUUGAUUUUUAUAGAACAGAAAUCGGUCGUAAUAGUGUAAAGAUAAAUGCAGGUAAAUCUAGAGAUUUAGCAUUAUCAUUUGCCAUGGUGAAUAGUGGAGCAUCGAUUACAUCUACAUUUGGAUCUGAAGGAUCAGAUUUUGAAAGUUGGAGUAAUUUAUUCACACUAUUUAACUUGGGUGUUGGCUCUUGGUUAAAUAUAGUCUAUCGUAGAGGUUAUAGAAAGAGUGCAUUCAUUGUUGCAUGUAUUUCUGGAUUACCUUUUGCUAUUGCCUUUUUACAUUGCUCUGAAUCUAUAAGAUAUACCUAUCCUUGGGUUAUUUGGAUUCCAUCAUUUUUGGUGUCAUUGUUGUUCAUCUACACUGACUUCAAACCCUAUCACGCCCAAUCACCCAUUCAUAGUCCAAUCGUUAGAAUAUUUAGAGGUUCACUAUUGAUACCAAUAGUAGAUGAACACGGUGGUUAUGUCUAUCUAUCCGAUGCCACACACUCUGAACCAACAGGUAUUUGGUCAUUACUUCUCUAUCCAAACAUUGAAGAGAUCUAUGUUGGCGAUGCCUCUGACGAUCCAAACAGACUUUUGAAAGAUUUCCGUCGAUUCUUACAAAUUGCAAGAUCCGACAAUUGGUCAUUCACUAUCUAUCGUCAAACAACCAAAUAUGCUGCUUUAGAUCAAAACAACAACAACAACAACAACAACAACAACAACAACAACAAUGAUCAUUAUACAGAAACAACAACAUCUACAUGGGAGAAUGAUGAUAUUGAAAAAUGGUUGUUGGACUUUGAAAAGAAUACCGAAAUGCCCUACAUCAAGAUGAGAGCAUUCAAAAAUAGUAACAAUGACAAUAUUGGUAGAAGAAAUAUAACUAUUCAUCUAUUUAAACCAAUCAAAGGAGAUGAAAGAGAUCAACCAGGUCCAGGUAUAGCUUGUGAAUGUUGUCACUCUUCAAAGAAUAGAUGUCAAUGUUUUGCAUCGAUCUCUAAAGGUGCUCUCGAUACUUGUUUUGGUGAAUUCCCAAAUACUAGUCCUUACUUUCAAUUCUUUACACCAUCUCUUUAUCGUGCUUACCGUGAUCAAGCUUUUAAAUCUUUUACUCAAUCCAUCCCCGCUCUUCAACUACAAAAAGAAGCUUAA